CAAUAAUACUUCUCGUCUAAUAACGAUCCCUAUUAAUAUACCUCAGUGGAUAACAAUCAGACCUACUUACUAUACACUCAGCGCCAGUCUCAAUUUUUGCCCUCAGGUUUUAAAAGAACCAGCAAACCCGCCAGUUCCAGUUGCGAUCGCAUCCGCCAGUCGGGCUUGGCGGAUACCUCGAAGAGAAACAACCCUUUAAAUCGCGCUCGACUGCGCUGCUCUCUUCUUGCAGCCAGCUACUUAGAAGAUCCAGUCAAUAAUCCCCCCUCAUCUUCACCACCUUCACCUUAACUCUUAUCUCUCCCACUCUCCACACACAAUGGGCAACAUCUGCUCCCGCUCCGCCAACAAAUCCGACCCUUUCUCCCAGCCCGGCCGUGUCCUAGGGACCGCGCCGCCCGCUGCCAGCACUCCCCGCGCCCCGCUCCCGCCAAAGGUGAGCUCAAUGGGACCUGGCCGGACACUGGGAGGGACGAACGGCGGAUCGUCAACUGAGGCGGAAGAUCCCCGGAGCAAAGCUGCUCUGGCGGCGCAGAAACGAGCCGAAGCACAAGCUAAUGCUGCAAACAAAGGGAAAUUGGGAUCUCAGCUAGCGGCGCAGAAGGCCCAGACGCAUUCUCAGACUCUGGUCGAAGCUAGUCGGACAGAAAGAGCUGCGCGGGAUGCAGAUAAUGUCGCCCAGGCUCAGAGGUGGGAGUAGUUAGUCUUCUCUCCCUUGAUGAUGAUGAUUAUCCAUGUAUUGCUUUUUUUUUCAUAUCGUUCCGUUUUAUUUUGUUUUCCAGGUAAAAAAGAAUACCCCCCCAUGUCCUGUCUCCAAUCAAUCAGACAGGUCCCAUCUGAUCAUGUAUGUAUGUACAGUACUUUUGAUUUUUUUUUUUUUUCUUUU